AUGGAAUCACAAAAUCUGCAGGCGGCGUCGAAUUAUAUCAACAACCUUUUGCUCGCCCGCGGAUUAUUGAAAAAUGGCAAACCGAUCAAUUUUGCGCAGCCUGACGACGGCGAGCAAGGCGCGGAUGCUACGAUGGCUAAGAUCAUUAACCUGGUCAAUGACCUCGUGCUAAGGAGAGAUCGAGAAGCCGAGCACCGCGAGAACCUGGCAAGCACCAUACAGAAUCUGCGAGUCACGGAAUCGCAGCAAGCAGGCGAUAUAGAGAGAUUGAAAUCGAAAAAUGCCGAGUUAAAGCGCUCAGUCGCCCUUGCCGAAGGUCAGCAGCGUGUCCUGAAACAGAAUCUAUCGAGCGCAGAGUCGACCGUGCGACAGCUCAAAGAACAAUCCCAGAAGCUGAAAGCAACUGUCCAACAAGUGCGCGCACAGUGUGCAAAUGAUAUUCGCAAACGAGAUAUGGAAUUACAGAAGCUCAAGACACACCUCAGCGAGCGACAGCGGGGGAAGCGGGAAGGCUUGGGGGUUACCACAAUCAAUAUAAACCGUACAGCAGAUAUUGCCCCUCGCAACCCCGAGCCGGAUAUCAGCAACCCAGGUUAUAACUUGAAACAAGAGACAACGGAAUUCCUGACCCAACUCUGCCAGAAUCUGAGUGACGAAAACGAUAGCUUGAUCAACCUAUCGCGAACAACAAUUGAAACACUAAGGGAGCUACAGGGUAUAUCUGACUCAUCUGACGGAGAUGCGUCCGCUUUCUCCAAGUCUUCUCAAUUGUACAACCAGGGAGGUGCGGUCAGUGCGGUGCCUACGAAUAUCGUGGACUUAUCUGCGGAAAUGGACACCGUACUUGACCACUUGCGAACGUUGUUAACAAAUCCGUCGUUUGUCCCUCUUGAAGAAGUCGAGCUUCGUGACGAAGAGAUUCAACGACUUCGAGAAGGCUGGGAGAGAAUGGAAGUACGUUGGAAGCAGGCGGUUGCGAUGAUGGAUGGCUGGCACAAGCGUAUCUCUGACGGAGGCGACUCUGUUGAUAUUGACGAACUGCGAAAGGGCAUGAGCCUGGAUUCGGCCCUUGGACGCUCAAUCACCGAAGCAAAUGAAGAAUCACCUGUCUACGGUGAUGAUGACAAUGGACCUGAAGAUAUGCAAGAGGAUGACCAAGAAAAAGAAGAAGAAGAAGAAGAAGAAGACGCCGCUGAGCCCCAGGCGAAAAUUCCGAAAUCUGCGCUCUCGAAGCCUCCUAUUCGGGCCCUAGGUGAGAGGAACAGUAAUCGGAAAUCAAAGUCCAAUCGCAAAGUGUCAUUUUACGAUGGUGGUAUGGAUACGGAAGCAACAGAAUCCAACGAACAUACGGAGCAUGACGAAAAAGAUGAAACAGUUUCAGUCAAGGCCCACACAUCUGAAGCAGUCACUCAGAGAUCAUCGCGCAGACCACCUUCUCAAAUUGUAAAACGAAAGUCACACCUAUCGAUCAAAGAUAAACUGGCUGCAGUCGAAGCCGAAGCAAAGGAGGCGGCAGAUGAUGCUGCUGUGCAAGAUAGCAAGAAAAGAAGUCGGACUAAACGCGAUAUCGUUCCUGCCAGGGGCAAAGGUCGUCGACGGAGUACGCUGACGAACGAUGAAUUGGAUCAAUUGCUCGGAGCGUCAAAAUAA